UGUCCCCAACUUCAUCACUUCGCAAAUGGCCUCGCACACCGUCCUCCCCCUUCUGCUCCUUCUCCCUUUCCUCUACGCCGCGGCUGCCGACGCCGCCGCCCCUGGACCAUCCCCACCCGGCGGCGAGCUCAACCUGACCAGCAUCCUUGAAAGUGGCGGGCAGUACUCGACGCUGCUCCGCCUCCUGCAGGCCACCCGGAUCACCGAGCAGCUCACCAGUCAGCUCAAGAACUCGUACGACGGCCUGACCUUCUUCGCGCCCAACGACAACGCCUUCACCAAGCUCAAGAUCGGCACGCUCAACGGCCUCACCGACCAGCAGAAGAUCCAGCUGCUGCUCUACCACGUCCUGCCCCGGUACUACAGCGUCACCACCUUCCAGACGGCCAGCAACCCGCUGCCCACCGAGGCGUCGGGCCCCGGCGGCAUGUACAGCGUCAACGUGACCACAACCACCACGAGCCACCUGGUGAACAUGUCCACGGGCGUCGUCGACGUGCCCAUCAGCAGCACUCUGUCGGCCAAGUUCCCGCUCGCCGUCUACUCCGUCGACGACGUGCUGCUGCCCGAGCAGCUGUUCGGCACGUCUCACAAGGGCAAGGCGUCUGCGCCGGCGCCCGCGGGACAGGCCGGAGCGGCGGCUGGGAAGGCCAGCGCGCGGAAGAAGGGUGGUGUCCCGAAGAGCGACGUGGCAGCGGUGCCAGUGGCAGCAGGGGAGGAGGCAGAAGACAGCGAGAACACAGCGGCUGGUAGAGGGAGUGCGGGGUGGACGACCAUUGCUGCUUUUGCUCUCAUCAUGGCCGUUGUCAAUCUGGUCGGCGCUUGAGAAGCUGGCUCAUUGUCUCUUUGUUUUCCUCUUAUUUCACCAUCCAUUUACUAAGUUUAUUUAUGUCCUGGUUUUGUACGUAACAUUAUGAUAAUGAUGCUAUGAUUCACUUGUACUUAU